CAGUACAAGUUCGUGCAGCUGCGAUACGUUGAUAAAGAUAAGUGAUAUGUCAAAGUGAAGUUUAGAUAAUAUUUCUGUUUACUGCCGUUUUCUUUCCGUAAUUAUAAAGGCUCUUGCAAAUAGUUUAAGCGUAUGAUUGAAGGUAAAGCAAAUUUACAAUCGUCGGGUAUCAUCGGAGUUAUAGAAAAGUUUGGUUGCAUGAUUUGACAGGAUUUUGAAAGCUGUAAUAUGUGUGACACCGAAGUCUCUCCCCAAAACACAACAUCGUCUUUGUCACUGCUUGACUUACCAGUUGAGAUACUGCUUCAUAUUUGCUCUUUUUUGGAUGCGGCAACAUUGGUUCACAGCCUGAGUCUAGUUUGCAAAGAAUUCAACCUAAUUCUGAACGAUGAUUCCAUGUGGAAAGCACGAAUCAGUCAGAUUUGGCCACACUGUGGUUAUCCUAUCCUGCCUUCCGAUGAUGACAAUGGACUGUUUUGGAAGCUUUCCUGCAGUGCGAUUGAGCGCCAAAAUUUGCUGUGGGGUAAAGAGCAGGGAGAAACAAUGGAGAAAUUAUCACUGCAUAAUAUUCAUUAUUCAACCAUAGAUAGUAUAUUACUUGUGAAUAAAGGAAAUGUCUGUGUCUCUGGAGCUAGAGACCGGUCCCUUGUGUAUUCAGUCUUGCCAAACAAAGGAGGUGAGAAUCCUGUAUCAAAGACCACGAACAAUGCACACGAUGGAUGGAUUUGGGAUUUGACUGCCCUAGACGAUAACAUUUAUAGCUGUAGCUGGGAUCGAACCGUCAAGUCCUGGAAACUCUCAGACACUGGGCUUAUUCCGCUGAACACUUAUGAAAUGAAGGUUACUGCACCCUUGCUGUGUGUGACGUCAUCCCCACAUUUGGGUUUGUUCGCAUGUGGAUCAUACUGUAAAACGGUGUUGGUAUUUGAUCCACGGUCCCGGUCACAAGUCGCCACAUACCAGCCACAUCAGCGAGCCAUUGUCAGACUAACCAUGAAUUCUAAUUACAUUCUCACCGCUAGCGAGGACAAAACACUAUCUAUUUGGGAUCAUAGGAGCAGAAAAACAGUGAAAACUAUCAAAAUUUCCAAUGAGAACUUUCCCAUGAGUAUUUCAAUGCAGAAGAGUACUGUUUAUGCAGGAGAUAAUGGAGGUAAAUUGCACGUUCUAGAUUUGAACAAUGAUUUAGAACUUGUAAAAAGUUAUGAGACUGGACACAAAAAAGGCAUUACUGGAGUGUAUCAGGCUCCAGGCUUGCUGAUCACAACUUCUUUGGAUAAAAGUGUGCGGAUAUCAAGUCCAACAAACCCACCAAAGCUCCUCACUUCUCUAAAUUCCACAUACGGUGAAAUAGCCGGUAUGGAUUACUUGAACGAGGUACUAGCUAUAUCAGGCACGGAUGGGAUACAAAUCUGGAGACCUAAGUGCAGAGCAUAGAUUGCCGCAUACAGGAUCAGAUAUCAAUAGCAAAUACUUGGCAAAUGGAAAUUACAAAACACUGAGAAACCGGGAAAGACAACACAAAUUGAUAAGCUAAAAACAAUGGUAAUUCAGUGUCCAUUGAUAUAGUUGAUAACAGCCCUAAGUCGCAGCCUUAAUAAAUAAUUAUUCAUUCCACUAAUUCUGUCCAACUUAGUGGACAUACUAUCUUUUUAACAAUAAAAAUGUGUGCUUUGCUAAAUGAGUUAAUACAAAAAUCGUUAUACCUUAUACUCACAAUUUAUAAAUUUUUUACCAAAAAUC